ACGUUUUUUUCACACGGGACUCGGACUGAAAACCUUAGAGGAAGCACGUCCUUAAAAUCUCUGUACAUUUUUAGCUGCUCGAAACCGCGUCGUUUAGCCUGCCAGGCGCCGUUCGAGCUGUUUGCUGGGUAGCGCUACUGAUGGGCGGCUUAUUAUAUGCUCCGCCGGCCAGAUAGCCAAGUCAUUUCGGCUCACUUUGUAUAACGUUAUUUCCUUUUCCUCCAAGCGGGCUGCUGUGUUUCGUGCCUCGAAACUGAUUUAAUCAUUAAUUCCCCUUUUUCUUUCUGUUUUUCGGGCGAGGAGGCGACCGUCACAUCGAAGAGGGAAGAAAAGAGAGGGAGGAGGACGAGCAGGGGAGGAAGGAAACGAACGAGGAGCCACAGAAUAACCGAGGAAAAAGCCAGAGCGCGGCUGAGUGGGGAGCUUUAACGCGUAUCGUGGCUGGAAUUCAUUUUGCUUCGUGAGUCGUUCUCCAAACGGCGACGGUGGGCAGCCCAAAUAGCCAGCUCGAGAUACGACAACGCCACAGGAACUGGACAGUGAGCGGAAAAUAGCCUCUCGGUUGAUGAAAUGCAGCCCCUGGCCUUCAAUCUGAACCCUUUUUGAUGCGUUUUGCCACAGCAGCAUCGCUCAGGCCCGAUCCGAAGCUGCCAUUAUGUCUGUUCACAUCUGAACACUGUGGGGAAAGAAAGACUGCAUCGCUUCCUCAAGCCCCCCAGAAGCUUUCUCUGAGCUAGUCUUCCUGAGGCCAGAGGCGGUGAACAAACAGGUGGCUGAGGUUGAAAGUCAAAGUUCUUUCCAAGAUGAGUGAGCUGGAGCAGCUUCGGCAGGAGGCUGAGCAGCUGAAGAACCAGAUACGAGAUGCAAGGAAAGCAUGUGGGGACUCCACCCUUACUCAGAUAACGGCGGGGCUGGACCCGGUGGGUAGGAUUCAAAUGCGGACAAGGCGCACACUGCGAGGUCAUCUGGCUAAAAUCUAUGCCAUGCACUGGGGCUCGGACUCCAGGCUCCUGGUUAGCGCUUCACAAGAUGGUAAACUCAUCAUCUGGGAUAGCUACACCACUAACAAGAUCCACGCCAUCCCGUUGAGGUCGUCAUGGGUGAUGACGUGUGCUUACGCCCCAUCUGGAAACUUUGUAGCCUGUGGAGGCCUCGACAACAUCUGCUCCAUCUACAGCCUGAAGACCCGUGAGGGCAACGUCCGAGUCAGCCGAGAACUGCCUGGACACACAGGUUACCUUUCCUGCUGCCGCUUCAUUGAUGACAAUCAGAUCAUCACUAGUUCAGGAGACACCACCUGUGCUCUGUGGGACAUUGAGACGGGGCAGCAGACCACUCUGUUUUCGGGCCACAGCGGAGACGUUAUGAGUCUGUCUCUGUCCCCGGAUUCCCGUACGUUUGUGUCGGGAGCCUGUGACGCCUCCAUCAAACUCUGGGACAUCCGAGACAGCAUGUGCAGACAGACCUUUACAGGCCACGAGUCCGACAUCAAUGCCGUCUGCUUCUUCCCCAGUGGCAGUGCGUUUGCCACUGGUUCAGAUGACGCUACGUGCCGGUUGUUCGACCUGCGGGCAGACCAGGAGCUCGGCCUUUAUUCCCACGACAACAUCAUCUGCGGAAUCACCUCAGUGGCUUUCUCCCGUUCGGGCCGCCUGCUGCUUGCCGGCUAUGACGACUUCAACUGCAACAUCUGGGACGCCAUGAAGGGAGACCGCGCAGGAGUUUUGGCCGGCCACGACAAUCGUGUGAGCUGUCUCGGCGUGACUGAUGACGGGAUGGCAGUGUGUACUGGCUCCUGGGACAGCUUCCUCAAGAUCUGGAACUGACCUCACACAAACACACACAUACACCUAUUUAACAAGUACUUACAUCACACCCUUCAGCACACAGUGUAUGCCUACUUUACUGUACAUAAGACACACAGAACCACACACACACACACACACACACACACACAUGCACAAACACAGAAGCGUAUUGUACAUACUAUAUAUAAUGCCAACUAGGUAUGAGUUUACAAUGACAUUGCUUUAUAUACAUAAUGCCACACGAAUCUGUACAUGUCGCCAGUAUCAGUGUAUGCAGGUUUGGCCCACUAGUGCUAAACACGAAUGUUCUAACACACACACACACACACACACACACACACGUACGUAUAUAUAUAAACACACAGAAUACAUCUACAUAGGACUUCAACACAGUGUAGAAUACACUCCUACUUACCAAGACACACACACACACACAUUUGGAGAGGAAAGGGUGUUUGUUGGUGUCAAACACAUCAAAUUUGGACUUGUACUUAAACAGUAUGUUUCUCUGAACACAAACACUUACAGCCAGUCACUCCAUUAUACAUGUACAAUCUUUUUAAGAUGGACACCAAUUCUUACACUCUGAGAAGACAGAGUGAAGACUUUGGGACUUUUUUCUGUUUUUUUAUGUUUCCCACUGUUUUAGCAAGCAGGUUUUCAGUAUAGAUGUCUCUGAAGUGGCUCUGUGGGUAGUGUGAUAUUGUAUUAAAUGAAGAAGAAAGCACUGAGGAAAAGGAGGAUGCUGAAAAACUGAGACACUGGAAGGCCAAAAUGUCUUCAAGGACUACAUGUCCUUUUUUUUUUGUUGUUUUUUUUUUUUUUAAGACGUGCGCCGGCAUAUACGGUAUCUAAGUAAUUAUAAUAGUUUUUGGUUUAAUUUCUUUUGUUUAUAUUUUUUAAAUGCUUAUUUUAUUCAUGUUUCCCCAUGUGCCUCAGAUAACACUGUAAGGACAAUGAAUAAAAGCUGGGAAAAAAA